AUGAGUGGACGCGGAAAGACCGGUGGUAAGACUAGGGCUAAGGCUAAGACUCGCUCAUCCCGUGCCGGCCUUCAGUUCCCCGUGGGCCGUGUUCACAGACUGCUACAAACAAAUCCGCUACAGGAAGUCUGCACACAAGAGCCUUUAACAACUAUAAUAGAAACCAACAAUGAAGAUAAGAAGCAACAAGAAAAGAACAUCGAACCCGAGGGAAACAAAACAUCGGACUCCGACACUUCUAACACAUCGACCAGCUCUGAUGAAACAGACUCUUCCUCCUCCACCACCACAGCAAGUGAUGAACUCACGAGCCCUCCUGCUCCAACCAAGAAGACUUCGAUUAAACCUUCGACUUUAAAGCCUCCAUCUAAUGAUAAUGUUCAAGUUAAAAAAGGAAAGACCGGUGGUAAGGCUAGGGCUAAGGCCAAGACUCGCUCAUCCCGUGCCGGCCUUCAGUUCCCCGUGGGCCGUGUUCACAGACACCUACGUAAGGGUAAUUACGCCCACCGUGUGGGAGCUGGUGCUCCUGUCUACUUGGCUGCCGUGCUGGAGUAUCUGACCGCUGAGAUCCUCGAGUUGGCUGGUAACGCCGCCAGAGAUAACAAGAAGUCUCGUAUCAUCCCUCGUCAUCUGCAGUUGGCCGUGCGUAACGACGAGGAGUUGAACAGACUGCUUGGAGGUGUAACCAUCGCUCAGGGCGGUGUGCUGCCUAACAUCCAGGCUGUUCUGUUGCCCAAGAAGACCGAGAAACCAUCCAAGGCCAAGUAAAGUCGCUCUCGUGUUAUAAC